AGUGGCCAGUGGUGGUGAGAGGUAGGAGCCGGAAUCGCGGCGCGGACGUCAGUGCGUCAUGACGCCGUGUUGUCAGUGAGUGACCUGCUUUUGAGCGAGAGGCGUAGAGAGAGCCGGUGGGGAGCAGAAGCUGAGGAUCCACACCAGUGCAUCAACAAUGCCUGGGAUGGUGAUGUUUGGAAGGCGCUGGGCCAUUGGAAGUGACGACUUUGUCUUCCCAGGAGCCUUUGAACUUUUCAUCAGGUUGAUCUGGUGGAUUGGAAUUCUGGUUUUGUACUCCAUCCACAAAGGGCAGUUUAACUGCGCCGGUGGAGCGUUGCUGCACAGUUACCUGCUGGUCCUCCUCAUUCUCCUGGCAGCCAUAAUAUGUUCUUUGUGUUCUAUUUUGUAUGUCAGCAUGCAAGGAACCAUUUCCAACCCUGGGCCAAGAAAAUCUCUUCCUAAACUGCUAUAUCUGCGCUUGGCCCUCUUCUUGCCAGAGCUGGUCUGGGCUGUUGUUGGAGCAAUAUGGGUGUCGGACCGCAAAGUGAAUUGCGAAGGGGCUAUGAUAAGUGCCAUAUUUGGAACAGUCAUUGCCAGCUGGAUUAUCAUUGUUUUUACCGUGGCGGCCAUCGUCAUCGUCUUUGAUCCGCUUGGCGGAAGGAAGACAGUGUACCUUUCCGAUUGCGCCAAUCGCGACCUGGAGAGCAGCCAGUCAGGCCAGCUGUUUUACAAUGUUAAGAAGUCUGCGACUCGCGUCUGGGAGAAAAGAAUCCGAUUGAUGUGCUGUUGCAUCGUGCAAGAUGACGACCACCGAGUCGCUUUUACAACCAUUGCUGAGCUUUUCCGCACCUACUUCUCGGACACCGACUUGGUGCCAAGUGACGUUGCAGCGGGGCUCACUCUUCUCCACCAAGAGCAAGAUAAAGUGGAAAAUUGUCCUAAGGAGCCUGAAGAAAUUAUUACUCAGUCACCAUUAACUCCUGCGGCCGACGAUUUGGAUGCAGAAUUAGAAAAUGCCGCUCACUACAUGAAGUUUGCCGUGGCUACUUACGGUUGGGCCUACUACAUAAUGGCAAACCCUUUUACAGGCCUCUGUAAGCUUAAAGGAGACUGUUGUAGAAGCAGCCCAACAGAGACCGAUAUAAUCGGCAGCGAUCGUCUUAACAUGAAUUUUGGAGCGAUCUUAAAAAUCACAGGACUUCAGUACAGAGAUUUCAUUCACAUCAGCUUCCACAAUAAAAUUUAUGAGAUCCCGUUCUAUAUUGCACUGGAUCACAAAAAAGAGGCCGUCGUCGUCGCUGUGAGAGGAACCCUGUCAUUUGAGGACGUCCUCACGGAUCUCUCAGCAGAUUGUGAACACUUGACAUUGGAAGACGUUCUGGAAAACGGUUUUGUGCAUAAGGGGAUAACCCAGGCUGCCAACUAUAUUUACAGAAGGCUAAUAAAUGACGGGAUUCUGAACCAAGCCUUCACAAUUGCUCCUGAAUAUAAACUAGUUGUCGUCGGCCACAGCUUAGGAGGGGGAACGGCCUCCAUUUUGGCGAUCAUGCUCAAAAACGCAUUCCCCAAUGUGCGAUGUUACGCCUUUUCUCCACCAGGGGGUUUAUUAAGCAAAUCACUUGCGGACUAUACUAAGCAGUUUAUCAUAUCUGUCAUUGUCGGGAAAGACGUUGUUCCAAGGCUAAGCAUGCCCAACAUGGAAGACCUAAAAAGAAGGAUCAUAAGGAUAGUUGCCAACUGUAACAGACCCAAGUACCAGAUCCUGCUACAUGGCUGUUGGUAUGAAGUAUUUGGAGGAGAACCUGAUAACUUUCCAACGGAACUGGAUGGUAGAAACCAAGAUGCUUUGACUCAGCCUCUUCUAGCUGAAGAAAACUUAAUGGUUCAUCAGUCUCCUUCUUACACUACUCUAGGUGACGACUCGACUUUAAGCUCUCCGGCUCAGUAUCCGCGCCUCUUUCUUCCUGGGAGAAUCAUCCACAUUGUAGAAGAAAGCAGCACAAGGAGGUGGUGUUCUUCAGACGUCAAGUACACUGCAAGCUGGUCAAAAGAAACCGCCUUUGGUAAUAUUUUAAUAAGCCCCAAGAUGAUAACUGAUCAUAUGCCAGACAUCGUCCUCAAAGCUCUAAAUAGCUUGGCUCAGGAAAACGCACCUUGCAUUUCUUGUCGAGCGCAAGGAGACUUUUCUACAAACAUUGUAUAACUGAAGACAAAGAGGAUAGCAGCCUAUCAAGUGUGUUUGGACAGACAGGCCUUUCGUACUUAACUCAUGCCCCAAAAGUAGGAGCUGAGCGGGGCAGGUCUUCAACAUUUUCAGGACGAAGCAGAGGACACACUUCUUUGCAUUGCAGAGAUUUUUCUGGGGUCCUUUUCAAGGCGAGCUGUUUCACUUUAACAGAAGCAAGUGAGCCCAUCAUGAUUUCUAACCAUCGAUCAGUGGCAGUUGGUACAGAGAACUGCGAGGCUGAUGGGAAGGCAAGACUAGCUAGAGUGACCAUAUAGGUUCAUACUUUACGGUCUACCUCUGCCUUACAUCUGUUUCACACAGCAGAGCUGGCCACCCCGCCAGGUUGAUAAAGCACUUGUAAAAAGGAGACAUGGGAAAAUGAAAAUAAUUGAAGACAACUCUACCACCGUUCUGGAUAUACAAAAGUGACACCCCCACCCCCCAAGAGGUGAGCUGAACUUCAGCCUAUUAUUGGCACUUCCCUUCAUGGCAGAAAUCUUGUUUUCUUUGCUGUUGAAGGAAGCCUGCAUUUUAUAUAACUUUUGUAGGCUUAAAUGCUACUGGGUUCAUGUGCAAUAUUUGUCUACUUUUGCUUACCGUUCAGUGCUGCUGAAUGUUCAUUUAAUUAUAUAGAAGGGUUAAGCUUAUGGUAUUAUUCCACAUUGCCCCAUUCUAGAAUUGUGAAAGAUCAUUUGGACUAGCUAUGUAAAAAAAGUUUCAAUUUUAAAAUAUUCCUACUUGCAAUCUUGUACAGUUAAAACGAUUGUGCAGCAAAUGAUGUCACUAAAAUCAUGUUUUACUAAAUGCAAGUCCUUCAGAAACUGCUUGCCAAGCGGAA